AUGACAGAUAAUACCAAGCCCAAGAGUUCGUCGAGCUCGGAAUCCGGCAAGAACGGACCAUCUGAAGAAGAACUGAAGUUGUUGCGUGCCAAAUUUCACAAUCGUUUCCAUAAGUUCUCAAAUAAUAUGGAUACUGGGUAAGUCUUAAUUUUGACAAUAAUAUAUAAAAACUACCCUGUCUAUUAUUUAAUCUUUAUAUCUUGAUCUAAUAGUAAAAAAACCUUGAUUUUAGUGGCGUUAAAAUCAAAGGCUCGAAGCCAAAACCUCUCAAAAAGAAAAAAUCAAUUUGGGAUGAGGAAUUUGCACCUACAAUCUACGAAGAAGUCGAUGCGCCAAGACGCCCUGCCGUCGCUAGGAUGUACACUCGGUAAGUUAAGUUUUGUAGGGUUUAGCAUAACACUGUAUGUUUGAUAAACUCUUUCGGACAUUAAAAGCCAAUUUUUUUCAGAGACAUGAAGCCGAAAGAGACCUCUCCUAGUCAAAGUGAAAAGGUUACCAAACACAAAAUUGCCAAGUAAGUCAUUGUUUCACAUUGCAAACUAAAAUUAAUAAUAUUUAAGCUAAAAAUAGUUUUAUUUUACACUAUCUUACUACUCCUGUUUAUAAUUCCAUCUUUAGCGAUUCACUUGACAAAUCUAUCAAAGAAGUUCCCACCAAAAAAGAAAAGAAGAAAAAGAGGUCAAAGAGGACGAAACACAUAAAGAAACAAGCCAAAGCUGAACCAAAACGUACCAAGAAGACUAGUACGGUAAGUUAUACGCUCAAUUUUCAUCUUUAUUAAAAUACUUUUUUAAAGUUGUCAAGUAUAUAAUGACUUUCAUUAUACUAACCUUGUUUUUAGGUGUCCCCUGGUACAACCGAAACUGAAGACGAAGCACCUCACAAGAAAAUCAAAGGAAAAACAUCAAAAAGUAAAAAGAGCGAAGCUGCCAUUUCAGAAGACAACAACGAAGUGGCUAGAAGACCAAAAAAAUCAAAAAAAAGUUCUACCGUAAGAAGUUACCUUCAACAUUAAAAUAUAUAAGAUUUCUUUAAUUAGUAUCUUAAAACAAGGUUCGCGAGAAAAUCGAACAUUGAACGGACAGGGGCGGCACAUGGAAAAAAAAGUAUUUUUAAAUCUUUUUGUUUUUUGACCAAUGAUAGUACUCAUUAAGUAGAAUCAAAAAAUAUUUUCAAAAAAAAAUUUUUUUUGGGUUACUGUAGGAGUACUGUAGAUUUUACUUAAAUUUUGUAAGUUGUUUGUCUGUUAACCGGAUUUGGAUGAAACUUCUUUUGUUUGAUAGAGGACUUAAUACAAAGAACUUUUGCUCUUGACUACUUUUUCCAUUAUGCCCGGAAGGCAUUUAAAAAUUUAAAAAACUUCAAAAAAUGGUAAAAAAUAUUACAGUAUGCUAUUUUCCUCAAAAUAAAAGCACUUUGGGAAGACGUUUUCUCUACGAAUUAUUAAAACAGAGGUAAGUAUCGUUAAAAUGAGUGUAGCCACGUUUCCUGAAAUUGGGGCAAACGUGAGUUAUGAGGUCGUCAACCUAAGGCAGUUACUCAUUUUGACUUAUCAUAAUAUUAUAACUUGCCUCAAAAUGCUUCUAAACGGUUAAAAAUUUUUUUACUUUCUUAUUUUGACUUUAUUUAUUGAUUUUAAUUAAUUUUUAUUGAUAAAAAAGUUUUUUUUGUUUUUGUAUUUUUUAGACCCAGUGGGGACGCUAAAUUUUAAAGAUUUUUUUAAAAUCCGAAAUUUGUGCCAUAAAGGUUUUAGACUAUGCCGAGUUCGAAAAUAUGAUUUUUUCUUUUGUUUACUGUAUACUAGAGUACUGUACGAGUCCGGUAGGUUCAAUAUCUCUAUAACGAAGAGUCGUAGUGAGGUGGAGUCUUUAUUAUCAUGUUGUAUGGACAAGAUAUAGUACCUUAUGUUAAAGAAAAAAGUUCUAUAUACAUUUUUACCGUAGUAAAAUUUCGUAUCUUGAGUAUACAGUAAACAAAAGAAAAAAUCAUAUUUUCGAACUCGGCAUAGUCUAAAACCUUUAUGGCACAAAUUUCGGAUUUUAAAAAAAUCUUUAAAAUUUAGCGUCCCCACUGGGUCUAAAAAAUACAAAAACAAAAAAAACUUUUUUAUCAAUAAAAAUUAAUUAAAAUCAAUAAAUAAAGUCAAAAUAAGAAAGUAAAAAAAUUUUUAACCGUUUAGAAGCAUUUUGAGGCAAGUUAUAAUAUUAUGAUAAGUCAAAAUGAGUAACUGCCUUAGGUUCACGACCUCAUAACUCACGCUUGCCCCAAUUUCAGGAAACGUGGCUACACUCAUUUUAACGAUACUUACCUCUGUUUUAAUAAUUCGUAAAGAAAACGUCUUCCCAAAGUGCUUUUAUUUUGAGGAAAAUGGCAUACUGUAAUAUUUUUUACCAUUUUUUGAAGUUUUUUAAAUUUUUAAAUGCCUUCCGGGCAUAAUGGAAAAAAGUAGUCAAGAGCAAAAGUUCUUUGUAUUAAGUCCUCUAUCAAACAAAAAAAAGUUUCAUCCAAAUCGGUUAACAGACAAACAACUUACAAAAUUUAAGUAAAAUCUACAGUACUCCUACAGUAACCCAAAAAAAAUUUUUUUGAAAAUAUUUUUUGAUUCUGCUUGAUGAGUACUAUCAUUGGCCAAAAAACAAAAAGAUUUAAAAAUACUUUUUUUUCCAUGUGCCACCCAUGUUUGGUUCUCUCGCGAACCUUGUUUUAAGAUAGAUAAACAACCUUUUACAACACAAAAAAUCAAUAUUUUUUUCAGAUGACUCAACCCACAUCUUCAGAAGGCGUCGAUGGUCAAACACGAAAGAGUCCUACAAAGAAACUUCCUAAGAUAGAUCAUCUUCCACCGUCUUCUGACCUCGACGAUGAACCAUCAAACAGAAAAACCAGGAAAAAGGUUUCGAAACGAGAUCAUCUUCCACCGUCUUCAGAUGCCGAUGACGAUGUACAGCAAAAGGCUAAAACAAAGAAACGUCCAAAGAUAGAUCAUCUACCGCCAUCUUCUGAUGCCGAAGAAGAACGGUCAGAAAGAACAGUUCGAAAGAAGCUUCCAGAAAUCGACCAUCUUCCACCAACUUCUGAUGCCGAUGAUGAACCAUCAAAAAGAAAAACCAGGAAAAAAGCUUCGAAGGCAGAACACCUUUCACCAUCGUCAAAUGCCGAUGCUAAGCAGAAGACUAACCAAAGGAAACCUCCAAAAAUAGAUCGUCUUCCGCCGUCUUCUGAUGCCGAAGAAGACCGGUCAGAAAGGGCAGUUAGAAAGAAGCUUCCAGAAAUCGACCAUCUUCCUCCAUCUUCAGAAGCCGGAUCAUCGGAAGCUGUAUCAAGUCAGCGAGAAAAGAAGCCGACUAGACCAAAACCUAUGUCUGCUGAAUCUGCAUCACGUGCGGUACCAGCUUCACCUAAGUCUCCAAGGAGUGCUGAAGUAGAUGCAUCAUCUCCAGGCCAAAACUCAGAGAAAGAAAUGAAAGCUGAACUAGUACCAGUUCAAAAAGAUGGCACUGGAUCCAUUAACGUCAGUUUGACAGAUAUAGACACCUUGUCUGCGACGUCGCCAACCUCAACACUAAUAUCAGACAGAGGAGCCACCAAAGCUGAAAAGAAGGAGAAGAAGAAGGAAAUCAAAAAAGGUGAGUUUACCAGAGUCUAACAAUACGAUUAACAAUAUGUUUUAGCCAUGAAAGACAAGCUGUUUGAAGAACUCACAGACGACAUUCAACUAGACGACAAAGUUUUACAAGAAAUUGCUGAAGAUUUGAAAAAAGGAAAAAGUUAUGAUCCUAACCUGAUUGAUCAGAAGUUGGCCAACAAGAUUCUGGAAGCUGAGAAAGCACCAACUGAAGACGACUUGAAGAAGAAGCAACAAGAGGUACCAAAAUUUCAUAACUUUGAUUUUUUCGACGAAAUCUUGUCAAACGGAGUCAUUUUAUACGCUGCAAAAGGUCCAAAAAUAUUUUCAAGGAAAUGCAAAAUCUUGUUUUUUUUAAAUUUUGACGCCGUUCCUUACUUUUUUAUCCUUAAUUUUAAUAUAUUUUAUGAGUAAUUUACGUUUUUACUUUUAAAAUCCAGGAAUACGAAAAGAGUGACGUCGCGACCAAGAUCGUGAACAAAUUGACAACGAGCAACGUCCUUGGCAAAGUAUUGAAGCCGGAAGAACUCCAAUUACUUUCUGAAUAUUUCAGUGGGAAAGUUGAACUAAACGAUGAAGUUCUGAACGUUCUCAACGUAGCGUUGGAGAAGAUUCUCGACAGAGCACCAGAGUUCUACGACAACAAGGAAGAGCUGAAGAAGUUCUUACAGAAUCGUGAUCACGCUAAAAAGCAGCUUUUGGAUGCUCUAUUGUCUAGAAAGGCAGGAUUCUUGAAGAAUCUGUAUGGAAAUGCUUUCUUUUAUGCUGAAAUGUUGAGUCAGAAGUAUUAUGACGCUGUCAAGUUUGCGGAAUCAGCCAAACAGAACAUUACCAAGAGUUAUGCCAGAGGUGUGAAAGCGGUAAAUGAAAGGUACAGUCAAGGAGUUAAAGGUCAGUUUAUAAGUUAUUAUAUAAACUCGAAAAUGUGCUUGAUUUAAAAAAAGUUAAGUUUUACAAAUUCGAAAUGAGAUUUUGAAAUUUGAAAAUCAUUUUGUAGUUUUUUGUAGUUUUGACGCUUUACUUUUGUGAGCGGUUGUGUUUUUAAAGAUUCUGCGAGAUGCCAAAAGUUUUUGAAAGUUUACAUGAUGGUAGUGUUUGUAUUGUUUUAUUUUCUUUAUCCAUAGCAUUUAUAAUAUUCUUUUUUUUUAAUUUAGCGUUAUGUUUUUAUAUACUAAUGAUCCGUUUUACAGUGAGCCGCGAUGUGGCCAAUUCAGCUCAGGACAUGAAGAACAAGUAUUAUGAUCCGGCAGCUAUUGCCACGAAGGACUUGGUGGAGUUAACUAAGAAGGAUUACUCCGAAACCGAGAACCCGGAGCACAAAGAACGAAAGGAGAAGCUGUGGCAGGAAUCAGGAUGGUUGAAGAGAGGCUGGUGGUUUGCUGUCAAGGUUGCUGUGGCAUUCGCACAGGAUACGUCGAUGCACAAGAGGAUUGGAGAGCCGGUUCCAGACAAAAAGGAUGUUGAGGAUACUAUCAAGGGUGCCCCGAGUAAGUUUUUUGUUUACUCCAUAAUUGUCUUGAAGAAUAAUUACUUUUUUUUGCAAAAAAAUAGUGGUUUAUGCCAAUUUUAACCGAUUUAAACGUCUAGGCCUUCCAAAUAGUUCUAAAUCUGCUCCAGAUCUCACGGACAAGACUCAAGAUCCAUCAAAAACUGAAUCUGAAGCUCCAGCUGCUCAUGGCAAAGAGAAAGAAGCAGUAGCCUCUUCCGAUCACUUGUAUGAGAGCCUGGAUUCUGCUCCACCUUUGGAUGGAAAAGAAGCCGAGAAGCCAGGACCUUCUGAUCCUAAAGACAAGUAA